CUUCUUUCCGAGGAAGUCUCGCACCCCGCCCAGGAGGCCCUCGCGGACUCGGGCGUGGGCGGGGCCGGCGAGGCGGGGUCGCGCCGGAGACAGCCGUUGAGUCCCUGGGGGGAAGCGGGGACCCGCCGAGAGGCUGAAGGACUUUAAGGAGAAGCGGCGAGGCCAGAGCUCAGGAGAAAGAGGGGAGCUUCUAGCAGCUGCACCAUUUUACAUUCCCACUAGCAGUGCCCAAGGGUUCCAGUUUCUCCACAUCUUGACAAACAUACGGUUAGACUUUUUAAGAGAAUCCUGUACAUUACUACAAUGGCAAUUGCUCAGCUCUCCCACUCUAUCAAAAUUCGCAAGGCAUCUAAGGAAACAAUUUUCCCAUCACAAAUCACUAAUGAGCAUGAGUCAAUGAUAAUGGUGAAGAAACUUUUUGCUACUUCUAUCUCAUGCAUAACAUACCUAAGGGGAUUGUUUCCAGAGAGCUCUUACAGAGAACACCAUUUGGAUGACCUCAAUUUAAAAAUCCUCCGAGAAGAUAAAAAAUGUCCUGGGUCAUUGCAUAUUAUCAAAUGGAUUCAAGGUUGUUUUGAUGCUUUGGAAAAGAGAUACCUACACAUGGCAGUACUUAUACUUUACACAAAUCCCAAGGAACCUGAGAAAGUGACUGAGAUAUACCAGUUCAAAUUCAAAUAUGCAAAAGAAGGCGCCAGUAUGGAUUUUGACAGCCAUUCAUAUAGUACAAGCUUUGAAAGUAGGACAAACAGUGCAGAUAUUAAGAAAGCCAGUAUUCUACUGAUCCGUAAAUUGUAUGUACUGAUGCAGAACCUUGGACCCCUUCCUAAUGAUGUUACACUUACUAUGAAACUCCACUACUAUAAUGCAGUGACCCCAAAUGAUUACCAACCCCCUGGUUUUAAAGAAGAGGUAAAGUCACACUUCCUGUUGUUCCAAGGGGAGCCUGUAAACCUGCAAGUGGGAUUGGUCUCCACUGGCUUUCAUCGCAUGAAAGUAAAAGUCACAACAGAGGCUAGCAGAGUGUCAGAUAUGGAGACCAGUGUCUUCCAGAACAGCACUACUGAGAUUGUGCAUCAGGGUCUGGACUGCGAUGAGGAAGAAGAGGAAGGCAACGAUCAUAUUCAAAGGAUGAAUUUUGUGCACAGACAGCAAGGUUCUGAGAGCUCCAGGAAGAAGAGGAAGAUCAGCGAACCAGUGAAAGUCUUCAUCCCUAACAGAAAAUGAAAGUUAGAUGGCUUCGCUACAUUUCUACUAAAAUAAUUUUAUUUUGCAACAAACAUUCUUGAAGUGUCUUAGUAGGAAAGUAAGCUCCUAUCACCAAAACAUUUUACUAAAUUUGUUGCUCAACUUUUUAGUCAAUUUACUAAGUGCUAAAUUUCUGGGUAGGAUAUGGGUUCACUUUGCCACAAAGAAAACAAGGUCACAAGAGCUGCCUUGAGAUAGCAUCACUUCAAGCCUGAGUUAGAGAGGAGACACACUUUAUAUUUAUUAAAAAAUCACAACUAUUUUGAAAAGAAAUAAGCUGUUGUUCUCAAAGGAAAGAGGGUUUUCUUUGCACAAUUAAAUUACCAAGGUAUCUAGAUUGCUGUGGAAUAUUUCAACUUGUAACCCAUGUAUUGGAAUCCCUCUAGAGUUUAAUUAGAAUUCCCACAGAAAAUUGCAUAGGAUGGGUGUGGUGGUGCUUAUCCAAGUGUGUUUUUUGUGUUAACUUCAAUCACGAGGUUAAUCAGCUAAGUGUUGGACCAAAAUGUACUCUCCUUGUAAAGUUCCUCAAAUCUGGCCCUAGGCCCUGUUUUGCUGGCUAACCUGAGACAGGGAAUAGGUUGCAAUGCUGGAGCCCACCUCCCUUAAGGCCCAUGUUGAAUGUUUCCCAAGAAACACUUCAGUUUAUCUGUUUGUAAGCUGCAGAUGCUGCUGCUAGUCACCUCUCAGUGAUUUAAAGUGCCAUUUUUUGUAUUUAGUAUGAAAUUUAGUAAUUUAAUUUAAAUAGUUAAAUGUUAAG